UGGAGUCAAACCGUUGGCCAACAGUUGGAUGACUUGCGCCGGGCGUUCGCUGACAACGGGUUUGUCAUUGAUUUGAUUGAAGUCCAUCCCGACAGCGACCAUUUUAUGCCAAAUAUGAUGAACGCGUGGCGACAGUACUUCGAUACCGACCAACAGUUUGAAAGCGACAAAAAGGAUUUAAUGGAAAUAGUGUUCGACGCGUCCACCAAUCCGGACGCCGUGCGGCCCGACCCGAAGGCGUGGUCACACUUUUUGGCCAAUGAGAACAUCGCCGAAGUGGUCAAGACUGAACAAAUUGUUCAAAUUAUAUAUGCAACCUCUGUUGUGGUGGUUUGGAUUACGUAUAAUUAUUUCAAAUGGUAUCGUAUAUUGAAUUACUGGUUGGAGCGCAAUAUCUCGGGUCCGAAACCCAUCCCAUUGUUUGGCAAUAAUUUAAGUCCUGUCCUAAAGCCGAGAGCAAUGGUUGAUAUGGAGUGGUAUAACACUUACGGCUCAAUUUUUGGAAUCUAUGAUUGUGGAAAACCCCUGCUAUAUGUGGCGGACCCGGUGCUCAUCAAACAGAUUCUGGUGAAAGACUUUCACACAUUCCGUAACAGAACGCAAGUCCCGGGAAUCGUCUCAAAGUCUAUGCCCAGAGCUUCGGAUGAGGACUGGAAGCGUAUCCGCGCGAUAGCGAGUCCCGCAUUCACUUCUGGCAAACUUCGACACAUGUAUCCACUGCUCAACGAGUGUUGCCUUCAUUUAUUGGCCGAACUCGACAAAUACGUGUCCACCAGUGGUGGUCACCGGGAAGUGGACGUCAAGCAAGUGAUGAGCGCCUAUACACUCGAUGGUAUCGCCAGCACUUCGUUCGCCAUCAAUACCAACUCCUAUUCCGACCCAAACAACGAGUUCAUCACAACUGCCAAUAAGAUCGCAAACUUAAUCUUUUCUACUAAUGAUUGGCAUAAGAUAUUAGCCAUGAUUUUACCCACAUUUCUAACUAACAACCAAAUGUGGAAACGGAUGGCAACCGGCGGUCGUCCCGCCGACCAGUUUUUCAAUGAUGUCGCCCGACGUGUGAUGUCUGAGCGCAAGAAAUCGGAUCAAAAACACAACGAUUUCUUGCAGUUGUUGAUGGAUGUGGAGAGAGAGGACGACACGACUACCGGUGCCGGCGAUGCUAUGUUUGGACAUCACGUGAAUGAGAGCGUUGACGAACUGAUGGCAGAGAAACAAGCGUUUAGUGGAGUGUUGGCCAAGAAGUUGACCGCCGAUGAGAUACUCGCGCAGUGCUCAGUGUUUUUUACGGCCGGUUAUGAGACGACUGCUCUGACCCUAACGUACUGUACGUAUGAAUUGGCAGUGAAUCCCGAUAUUCAGGACCGGUUGGUGGCGGAGAUCAGAGACGCGUUCAAUGAAAACACUGCGGACAUAGACUACGAAACCCUUUGCCGACUCCCACUCCUCGACGCCGUUAUAUCGGAAACUCUCCGCAAAUAUCCCACAGAUUCACGACUGGAAAGACAGGCUUCGGAUGACGCGGUGCUGAGCGCUGGUAGCGAUCGAUCCAACAUUAAAAUUGCAAAGGGAGUGGUUAUAAAGAUCCCGAUAUAUGCCAUACAUCACGACCCGGACUACUUUCCCGACCCGUUUGCCUUUAAACCCGACCGCUUUUUGCCCCAAAAUUGCCAUCACAUCAAACCCUAUACAUACCUACCGUUCGGCUCCGGACCCCGUAAGUGUAUUGGUAUGCGCUUUGCAUUGCUUGAGGCAAAACUAGCCAUGGUCAAAAUGCUGCAACGAUUCCGUUUUUAUCGGGUGCCCGACACGGAUGUGCCCCUCGUUUUCCUGAGGGGUUUCGACCGGAUAUAUGCGAAGAGACUUGUGGUGGGCGUCACUAAACGCUAA